CAAAAGCUUAACGUUUAAGACAAAGCAUCUCUUUCAUUCUUACAUACAACAUGGUGAUGAAUUCCUCGCAGGCAGCCUGGGCUUUACUAGUGGUGGCUGCAAUUCUCCCCUUUGCUCAUGGUGGUAGUGGUGAUAGUGUAUUAGACGUUCUGGGGAGACCUGUCGUAACGGGUACCGAAUACACCAUCUUACCUGUGAAUGGUGGUGGGCUUAGAUUGAAGUGGCGGAAUAACAGCUGUCCAUUGAACGUGGUAUACAAUGAUAAUCAGGAAAGUCUUCCAGUGAUUUUCACGCCCUAUAUAUAUGUGAAAGUAAUCACCGAGGAUGCCGACUUGAAGGUGGAGUUUUCUGCGGUUACAGUUUGUGCGCAGUCCACUCGGUGGAGGCUCAGAAGGGAUUCGGAACUGGAAAAAACUCUGAUUUAUGCAGGAAACUCCUCUUCCUCUGCUUCUUCAUCUUUUCCAUUUGACUUGGCUUACUUUAGGAUAAUCAAAAGUGAAGGCGAUGAUGGUAAUGUUUAUGAGCUUUCUUUUUGCCCGCAUGUAUGCUCAACUUGCAAGAUUGCAUGUGGAUCGCUGGGUAUUUACACCGACGAAGAUGGAAACCAGUGGCUCGUCAAAGAGAGUGAUAUCAAUCCCCUGAAAGUACAGUUUAAAAGAGCAUAAGUUUCGUCCUUCCUGUUUAUAUAUCCAAAUAGGGUUAAAUGAUUGUAAGCAUAUAGGUAGAAUAAAACAGCCCUCUGCUGGAGCUUGGAAAUAACAACACUUUCAUGUGCGCUGCUGUCAUUCAUUGACAGAAGAGUAAUAUUUA